UUCUGGAAACCACGGCAUAAAAACCAACACUUACGUAUCAUGUUCAUUUGUUCGUUUGUUCGAUAAUUAAAUGCUUAAAGUUGCCUUUACGCACGACUAUUUGUAAAUAAUAAUUGUUUAAUUUAUUGUCAUCAGAAACAAGAAUCGUGAUUAUUAAAUUUCUCAAAAAUGAAAAUAAAUGGUACAAGGCAUAUGGUUGGUUAUGAGCUAUUUAUUGUCUUUUGUUGAUAUCCGAUUGUGUUGAUGCAACCGCAUCAGGAUUAUAAUCAAAGUGACACUGUUGACAAUACAAGUUGCUGAAAUAUACUUUGUAAAGAAGUUUUAAAGGCAAUUAAGUCUUAAGAAAAUCAUUUCUGAUUCCUUAAAAUACGACAUGUUAAAGUUAAGAUGAUUAAUGGGAGGAUGACAUCAUUCGAUGAUGUUAACGUUAAUGAUCGACCCACAACACCAUUAGAGCAAGAUUGCUGUGGGAAUGGCUGUGAUCCUUGCAUUUUUGAUGUUCACAAGAAAUUGUUGGAAGAAUGGAAGGAGGAGAAGUACAAUAAAAGUAAAAGAUCCGCUAAGAACUUUUUGUCACUCGUUCGAUACAAAAGAUUUAUAGUUAAAAAUAUCGUCGAGGGAUCGGAAAAUUCCAUUUGCAUUGAACUUGAUUGCGCGUCAGACAAUAAAGACGAUGUUAUUUUUUUAUUACCAAGUCAGUACAUAAUGAUGAAACUGUUUACCACGACAAAGCCAUAUACUCCAAUAUCUUGGAAUCGAAGAAGCAUGAAUCUGUUAAUUAAACUUUAUCCAAGUGGCGAGGCAAGCACUUACGUAAAACAAUUAAAUAUUAACGAUGAGCUUUUAAUAAGAGGACCUUAUGGAAAUUUUAAUUAUAGCAGAAAUAGUUAUAAAAAUAUUAUUAUGCUAAGUAUUGGAUCUGGAAUAGCUGCUUUUUAUCCAUUGGCUGCGUCUAUUGUAAAGGAUGAACUAGAAGACACAAAAAUUAACAUGAUGUUAGGAUUUCGAUUUUUAUCGCACGUACCUUUAAAAGACGAAUUAAGAAUUUUAACAGAUUAUUGGAAUUUCGAAUGCACAUUAUAUUUAUCUCAAGGCAGUACGAUGUCUCGUACAGCAAAUAUUACUGGCUUAAAUAUUGUUAAUAGUCGUAUAAAUUCAAAAAUAAUUGAUAGAACGCUUGAUUCUUAUUCACCUGAGACUACAUUAAUUUUAAUCUGUGGAACAACAAAAUUUAACGAAAUUAUGGAAAACUUUGUACAAAAGAAAGAUUUUUGUCACUAUCAUGUAUUUAGAUAA